CAAAAUGCCAGUGAUUCGACGCGACUCUGGGACUACGCGCUUCGAGACGAAGCGAGCGUCGCGCGAAUUCGAACGCGCGGACGCGCGCCGAGCCGUCGUCGUAUGUCGCGUGAUCUCGGAGCACGCUUCGCCUUGCAUGUGAAAUCUGGAAAUUCCUUCGCCUGGGAUCUUUCGAAACGUCCGUCCGCGAGUCUUUCGGCGAGGGAAUUGCAUUUUUCGCGGGUGCGAUGCGUCAAGUUUGUGCGAACACGUUAUCCUGUACGUUUCGCGGCGCGAAUUGAGAGGUCUUUGCUCGCCGUUCGUAGACGAAAACAGAAUAUUUGUGAGGAUGGUGUCUGUGGCAGUGACGCUGUGAUGAUUUUAUAAACAGCCGUUAGAUAUUUGCGUGCUGGAAUCUGGAUAAUGUGUUAACGCGUAUUGCGAACAAUGAAUCGCGCGUUUCAGCAGUGAGAAAAGAGAGAGUAUCUUCGUAGGACAUGUUGUCGCAGAUACAGUUUUAUUUAUCAUUUAUGGUUUAUCAUUUGACAAAAUCGUGAUUUUAACGAACCUUUUAUUCGCGGACAAAUGCAGAAAACGAUUAGACUUAAUUAGGAACUUUGUAAACAGUGGACACCACGGAGAAAUAUAUUCGAAUCGAUGAGAGAGAUCGCGUGAAGAACGGGCAGAGGAGGAGAGGAAAGGGGUAAAACGAAUGUCGUAAUCAUCCGAGGGCGGAGAAAGUGUCUUACAAUGUUUCCAAGUACUUUCGUGGCGGUUAGAGCAUCGAACGGAAUAUCCGAAAGAAAUCAAUUGAUUUGAGCGGCGAAGUGAUCGUGAUCUGAGGAGGAUAAAUUUGUGCAAAUUUCCGAUGCGUUACGUCAAUAUGAAAUGAACACACAAAUAUAAAUAGACGUGUUGUUUGAGUUUGGCGAUAAAAAUCAUGAUAGAUCGAAACGAUAGUCGUCAAACUUGUCUUGCUUGAGAAUAAAUUACGACACGAGGUUCAUCGAUUCCCUCGGGAGUGCGUUGACUUUGCGGACGUUCGUGCCGAAUCUUUUCGCGUAGAAUGAUUAUCUUGGUUGAACCGAGGGCACGGAAGAAAAGGGAAGAGGAGGGCAAUGAGGAGGAGGGCGGAGAAGCGGCGGCGGGAGCGGCGGCGGCGGCGCAGCAGCAGCAGCAGCAGCAGCAACAGCAGCAGCAGCAGCACGGCGUUGAAAAAGGAAAGCCACGCUGAUCAUCCACGACUGGAAGACCUCGGCGUUGCACUUUAACGAACCUUAGCGCAACGAAGACGGGACGAAGAGAAAAGGGGAGAGAGAAAGGGCGAAGAGGAGAACACGGAUAGCAAAAGGGCAAGGAGGGCAAGAAGGAAGAAAGAAACAAAGAGUAAAGGGAUCGCGGAAAAAGAAAGGAAGAAUCGAAGAAACGAAGCGACUGAAAGGAGCCAAUUCACUUUAUCUCCAUCAAUUCAUUUGUUUCUACAAAUGCUCGCUAUCGCCGAAUCGGGGUCACGUAGAUCGCUAUCUUGAUCUGGCGAGUUCUUUCUGGGAUUUUCGGUCGCAGUAAGACAUUUUUGCAUUCGCAGUUUAUCGACGGCGCGGACUUUCCGUUCCGCGAACGCGUCCAUUCUCAUCACAUAAAUAUUUCCGAUGCUAUAAAUCUGUAGCGAUUCUACUUCCGCGAGCCAAGGUCGGUCGCGCUGCCUCAUGAGGCCGCUCUCCUUCGAGAAUCUGAGGAGGCUCGUGGGCCGCAAGAAGGAUCGCAACGAGCCCUCCUUCAAGCGCAGCGAGUCCUUCAAGAGAAUUUCCAUCAGGAAGAGCUAUCUGGACCGGGGUAAACGACGAAACCGUCUUCAGAAGAGCGCGGAGCCCGCCGUUAAUCCUCCCGCGCAACCGGUUACGAACGACAAGGUCGCUCCACCAAUCAAGGAGCAGGAAUUGAAGAAGAAUCAGGAGUGCUUUCUCAGUCGCGACUCUAUCACUUACGACGAGUGGCUGCAAGGAGUCAGCUCCUCCUCCCGCGAGAAACUCCACGAGGAUUCUCUCGAGUCUCUACAACAGCCCAAAGGCAAGGUCACGAAACUCUCGAAACACACGAGUGCAGAUUCGGUCGCCGAGGAUCUGAAAAUUCUCGAACUCGAUGCCUCUCCCAUUUUGACGCCCAAAUCCAAACUCUUCAGAGUCACCGCCGAUUAUACGCGGAGCGAGGCGACCGACGAGCACGAUGUCCUUUGGACUCAGGAGUCUUCUGCGGAAGGACCGCCUAGCGUCAGCGUCAAUCUCGGCAGAAUAUGGAGGGAUGCGAUGCCGGUCCCGGUUCCGGCCUCGGUGUCGGCUCCGUAUCCCUCCGUCUCCAAUCCAUCGGUCCAUCAUUCUCUGGACAGCGCUCUGAAAGAGAAGAAACCUCUGCCGACUGUUGCGAGGACAGUUUCGGCGCCGGAAAAGCCCGUCAGCAAGGAAACCUCAUCGUCGUCGUCUUUCGGUUUCUCCCUCAGGAUCGCCAGACUUGCGAAUUUCAGGCCAGGGGUGACGCGAAACGGUCUCUUCCGUCGAAAAACACCGAAGCCAUCGCCCAGCGUAAGCGCGGAAGGAUACUUCAAGCGAACGAGCACGUCCAGACGCUCGAGUUCUCGUCGCCGAGGCAGCAGGAGAUCGUCUCAGCGCGUUAGCAAGAGGAGCCAGCAGUCCGCUGCUCGCACCAGCAGUCCGGUAUGGUUUGUCCCACCGGAGAGACGUCGUUCGAGACGCCAGCGACGAGUCUGGCGGGAGAUCAGAUACUUUCCCGACGACGAAGGUCCGAUCAUAGAAAGGAUCAACGACUGGUCGUCGAACGUGUCGGACGACCAAUUCGACGAUCAGAAGCUGCUGUUGUCGGGCGACUUCAACGAGCGUCGAGAAGAUGACGCCUUGAACUCGAUUGUCUCGUCGUCUCUUGGCUCCUUCUCGGCCACGUCGUCCUCGUCGUCGGCUUGUCCAGCCCCGAAAAUCAGCGAUUUCAACGAGGACAAGCUGUUCUCCGAGGAGCUGAGGACCAACGGUCUUCUCACGCGCGGGACCAUGUGGAAGCUUUCGAUGACAGCGACGACAGCGACGACGAUGACGACGAUGACGAAAUCAACGGCGACGAGUACGAUCGCUUCUGGAAACUACUUUGCCAGCAAUCAGUUUCUCAGUUUUCUGGCCAAGGACGUUGUCAGGGAGAAGUCGAAGAGCGAGAAUUCCAACGCGGGUUACAGAUGUUUUUCAUCGACCGACAGCGAGGACGACGAUGCGGAUCGCUUCAACGAGCGCAAAAGAAAUGUCAACUUGCCCCAUCAGCGGCAGCAUCAUCUGAAGAGACAGAAAUCCGGGCUCAGGCGGAGACCUUUGCGCCGGAAAUCGCAAUUGAGAAGGGCGUCCGGCCAGCCGGUGUUCCUCGUGCGCAAAUGCUCAUCCUUGAGGAAACGUCCUAGAGACAUUACGCAGAAGGGAUAUGAAAAGAAACGGACGCGUUUACUUCAGCAAUACGCCACAAAGCAGAUAGGGGCUGCAAAUGAUGGUGUCGGUGAUGGAAAUGGUGGAGGUGUCGUUGGUAAAGGGCUGGAGAGAACGGGUUACGGAAGCGCAGGAGGUGGUGGCGGUGGUGAUGGAGGAGGAGGAGGAGGGAGGGAGGGAGGAGGGCGUAGCGGUGGCGGUGGUCGACCGCAGCCACGUGCACGGCGCACGCAACGGCGCGUCACGCACAACGAGAAGCGCUAUCACUCAGGCGGCCGGCUAGUGCCUGGCGGGAUCGCUAGUCCCCCGGGAUCUGGCGGCUCCACAGGGAAUACCGGAAAUUCGAACUCUACGGCAGCAGCGGCGGCAGCGGCGGCUGCCAGACGCGGUAACCGCAGACUCACGCGCAAUGAGAGCCGCUACCAUUCCGAGGUGCGCCAGGAGGCGGUGCAGCAGGCCUUGGCGGCGAUGCAGGGACGGCCGAAGCCAUCCUUACCGAUGCCGUCGAAGAGAACCUCCGUGAUGGCCAGGAGUCCUGAUCGGGAGAGACGCGACAGCGGCGAGUCCAGCAGCGACGAGGACAGCGUUGUCACCGAGGAGAGUCCUAGCGCGGGCGGCCCGACUGGUACAGGUCUCUCGGACACCAGUAGCACUGGUUCGGCCCGUGACACCCCGCCGCCACCGAGGCCGCCGGCGAGAAGGCCACCUGGUGCUGACAUCACCGACAUCGCCGAGUACACGCCGCACGCCUAUUGCAACAUCCAGCCGCCGGACGUCACCCACGUGACGAGCAGCACUCCAGUCGGGCAGCAACAGUCGGCGACGCGGCGACCCGGUGCCGAUCGAGUGAAUCGCUACGCGCACGUGGUUGAUGAUCAAAAUAGCACCGGUACCACCGGCCGCUGGAAGGUUUCCGCCAAGAUCCAGCAGCUGUUGAAUACACUGAAACGGCCGAAACGUCGGCCGCUGCCAGAGUUUUACGAGGACGACGACAUCGAGCUGGAGAUCGCGGCGAAUCCGAAGGAUCCUAAUGCCCCGAAACCCGAAGGUGGUUCCAUGACGUCGGCGGUGGGCGAGGCGUUAUCGGUACCGUCGGGCCUGCCGCGAUCGCUUGAAGCCGCCAUUCAAAGAUAUGGCUCGGCGACGUACAAGGCACCAGUGGCCACCGUCCUAGACCCUAAUGGCAAGCUUUGCGUAACACUCACGUACGGCAAGCUGCUCAGCCGCUCCCACAAGAUUGCCUAUACCCUUCUGAAUAAGGCUCUAAGUCGUGGCGGGGAUUGCUGUCUGAAACCCGGCGACAGGAUUGCUCUGGUUUAUCCGAACAACGAUCCGAUCAGCUUCAUGUGCGCCUUUUACGGCUGCCUUCAAGCUGGCAUCGUACCGGUGCCCAUCGAGGUUCCUCUGACACGUCGUGACGCGGGUUCCCAACAGAUUGGUUUCCUCCUGGGUAGCUGUGGCAUUCAGGUGGCACUGACCAGUGAAGCGUGUCUCAAGGGUCUACCGAAGACGGCAGCCGGCGAAGUGGUGGCCUUCAAGGGCUGGCCGAAACUGCACUGGUUCGUUACUGAGCAUCUGGGUAAAACGCCUAAGGACUGGUUACCGCCACCGCGGCUUACCGACGAUACGCCCGCGUAUAUCGAAUACACCACCGACAAGGACGGCUCUGUGAUGGGCGUGACGAUUACCAGGGCAGCGAUGAUGGUUCACUGUCGCGCCCUCACGCAAGCCUGCGGUUACACCGAGAUCACGAAGCAUCGCGCCAGUGUCGCGGUCGUGAAAUCGCGGGAUCUCCACUGGGGUUUAUUGGCUACUAAAGAUCAUAAGGACAUUUCUCUGGCAUCGCUGAGGCUCCUGCUUGUCGCAGACGGUGCGAACCCGUGGUCCCUCUCAUCCUGCGACCAGUUUCUCUCAGUGUUUCAGUCUAAAGGACUCAGACCAGACGCUGUUUGUCCUUGCGCCUCUUCCAGCGAGGCUCUCACAGUCUCUGUGAGAAGGCCGGGACGUGCGGGAGUGAACGCAACUGGUCGCGGGGUUCUCUCCAUGUCUGGAUUGAGCUAUGGAGUUGUAAGAGUGGAUCAGGAGAACUCUCUCACAUCGUUGACGUUACAAGAUUGCGGACAAGUUAUGCCUGGAAGCAUUGUAGUCGUCAUUAAGAUGGAGGGACAACCGUUUAUUUGUAAGACGGACGAAGUUGGCGAGAUUUGCGUGCACAGCUCAGCCACCGGUAGCCAAUAUUGGGGCUUGCAAGGACUCACCAACAACACUUUUAAGGUGUCGCCUUUACAAGCUGAUGGUACUGCCUUAGGUGACGUAGAAUACUCACGUUCCGGUCUGCUGGGUUUUCUUGGUCCCGGAGGACUUGUCUUUGUCUGCGGAUCACGUGACGGUCUCAUGACAGUGACCGGCAGAAAACACAACGCCGAUGAUAUUAUCGCCACUGUGCUGGCAGUCGAACCGAUGAAAUUCAUCUAUCGCGGUAGAAUCGCCGUUUUCAGCGUGAGGGUCCUGCGAGACGAAAGGAUAUGCGUCGUUGCUGAACAGCGGCCUGACUGUAGCGAGGAGGAGAGUUUCCAAUGGAUGUCUCGAGUGCUGCAAGCGGUCGACUCGAUUCACGCGGUAGGAAUAUAUUGCCUUGCCUUGGUGCCACCCAAUUACUUACCCAAGACGCCGCUGGGCGGCAUUCAUCUGUCGGAAACGAAACGCCGCUUCCUCGAGGGCACUCUGCACCCGGCGAACGUGCUCCUCUGUCCUCACACCUGCGUCACUAACUUGCCGAAACCGCGCGAAGUCCAUUCGGCGGGGGAUUCUGUUACAGAUGUCGGUCCGGCCAGUGUGAUGGUGGGGAACAUUGUCCAGGGCAACCGAUUAGCCUCGGCGCAAGGACGCGACAUGGGUGUUCUAGACGAAGACAGCGAUAAUGCCAAAAAGUAUCAAUUUAUCUCUGAAAUUCUACGGUGGCGUGCUGUUAGCACUUCGGACCAUGUGAUAUUUACGUCGUUGAACGCGAAGGGUGCUGUGGCCACCUCGUUGUCCUGCUCGCAGCUGCACAAGAAGGCUGAAAGGAUUGGGAAUCUGCUGUUGGAUCGAGGAAGAGUCAAUACCGGCGACCACGUGGCGCUUAUCUUUCCACCCGGCACCGAUCUGAUAUGCGCGUUUUACGGUUGUUUGUACGUUGGCGCCGUGCCGGUGACCAUCAGGCCGCCUCAUCCGCAAAAUCUGCAGACAACCUUGCCAACCGUUCGCAUGAUCGUAGACGUCAGCAAAUCCGUCCUCGUCUUAACUAACCAGAAUCUUCUCAAGUUGCUGAAGACAAAGGAGGCGAACAACGUGGUCGACGUGAAGAGCUGGCCGUUGAUUCUGGAUAUGGACGACAUGCCAAAGAAGAAACUGCCAGUAAUGUAUCGAGCGCCCACCGCAGAGAUGCUGGCCUAUUUGGACUUUAGCGUUUCGACGACGGGCAUGCUCGCGGGCAUUAAGAUGUCUCAUGCGGCGGUCACCUCGUUGUGCCGCGCCAUGAAGUUGGCGUGCGAACUCUAUCCCUCCAGACACAUCGCUCUCUGUCUGGAUCCGUAUUCAGGCCUCGGCUUUGCCUUGUGGUGCCUCAGUAGUAUAUACAGCGGGCAUCAUUCUAUACUGAUACCACCGUCCGAGGUGGAAGUCAACCCCGCGCUCUGGUUAUCGGCGGUCAGUCAGUCCAGAGUAAGAGACACGUUCUGUUCGUACGGUGUCAUGGAGUUGUGCACCAAGGGUCUCGGCUCCUCGGUUCACGCGCUCAAGGCGCGAGGCGUUAGUCUGGCGUGCGUGAGGACUUGCGUUGUUGUCGCCGAAGAGAGGCCGCGGAUAGCGUUAACGACGAGUUUUAGUAAACUGUUCUCUGCCCUCGGUCUGAGUCCGCGCGCGGUUUCCACCUCGUUCGGCUGCAGAGUGAAUACUGCCAUUUGCUUACAGGGAGCAUCGAGUCCGGAGCCGUCGACAGUUUACGUGGACUUGCGCGCGUUGCGCAACGAUCGGGUGUCUCUGGUGGAGCGUGGCAGUCCGCAUUCGUUGUGUUUGAUGGAGUCGGGCAAACUGCUGCCUGGCGUGAAAGUGAUUAUUGCCAAUCCCGAGACUAAGGGACAGUGCGGUGACUCGCAUCUAGGUGAGAUCUGGGUGCAGUCCUCGCACAACGCGAGCGGCUACUUUACGAUCUACGGCGAUGAGAGCGAUUACGCCGAUCACUUUAACGCACGACUGGUCACCGGCAACACGAGUGAAGUAUACGCGAGAACAGGCUAUCUGGGCUUCUUGAGGAGGACCGAGAGCGUUCAGCAGUCGGUGAUCAGCGAUGUACCCGGCGAUACCACCAAUGCGGCCGAGGCUGAUCUCGUGCCGAGCGAUCCGGAGCUGCACGAUGCUGUAUUCGUCGUCGGUGCUCUCGAUGAGGCCAUAUUACUGCGGGGUAUGCGCUAUCAUCCAAUUGACAUCGAGAACAGUGUCAUGCGGUGUCACAAGAAAAUCGCGGAAUGUGCCGUAUUUACAUGGACCAACCUCUUAGUGGUAGUGGUAGAAUUGGAUGGCAGCGAAAGCGAGGCUCUUGAUCUCGUGGCUCUGGUGACGAGCGCUGUGCUCGAAGAACAUCAUCUGGUAGUCGGCGUGGUGGUCGUAGUGGAUCCCGGUGUGGUGCCCAUCAAUUCGCGUGGCGAGAAGCAACGGAUGCAUCUACGCGACGGUUUUCUCGCGGACCAGCUUGAUCCUAUCUAUGUGGCGUACAAUAUGUGAACGAACGUGCGAGAGGUUUUCACUCCUUCUUUACUCCGCCUUCCUUAUCCCGACGUAUUAAUGCUGCAGUGGAAUUUUAUUUGCAAAUACUUGAGCAAGAGUUUGACAGGUAUUUCUCUCUUUAGUUUGCUUGUUUUACAUUUUUUUUACAAAAAUUUCCCAAACGUUUUUAACCCUUUCUUUUCAUAAAAAUUCUCCUCUUGAUACGUACUUGUCAGCAAGUUUUUAUUUUAGCUAAUCGUUCAUCACUCUGAAGCGGAUAGCUUUACAGAAGUAAUAAAAUGGAUGAACGUAAUAUGAAUAAAUAUUCCAAUAAAUGGAAUUUCGUUGUGUAUGUGUCAAGGAAAUGCCAAUGCACUUCAAUAGUGAGUGAGUGUCACCGGCGAAAAGUACGUAUAUAUAAAUUUGAAACAUUUCCAAACAGUCCGACUGCCAUAAAUCCUUAAAUACAAAUUGAAUUAAAAAUAAUCGCAUUACAUACACGUAUAUGAAUACAGAACAAGAGACAGAAUGAUUAAUGUCGAAAAUCGAUCGAGAAAUGGUAGAUUCAGUAAUAAUACAUUCGCAGCUCGUUUUGAUAUCCAGCGAUUUGUCGCGAAAUGUUUACUCUAUCUUUCGAUUGUUCGAAAAUUGUGCGACCCAUUUUCGCAAUGUCGAAACUGCACAACGAUUGCGUUCAAUUUCAAUGAUGAAAGCGUAAAUCUUGACAUUAGAAUCUUGUGUUUUCGAAAGAUGCGCGAAAAUUUGAUGUAUUAGGCUGCGACGCGCACAAUAUCGCGGUUUUGUACAUUUCAAGCCAAAGUCUUUAUAUAUCGUACUAUGUAGCGCGUGACGAACAUUCUGAUGGUUUUUUCUCAUAUUAGACUUCCCAUUACGAAGAACAGAGUAUUCUCUUUGAUUGGCGGGAACAACGAAGAAUUUCGUCGCGCGAAGGUGAUUCCGAAAUAUUUAUAAAAUCCCUUACAAUCGUCUUUAUGAUUGUUAGUUGAGCAUGUUUUUACAAUCCACUGAAACUGAAAUUAAUUACUAUUUGAGAUUUAAGAUUCUUGCUGCUCCUCGCAGCAGUCAUGCUUGAAUUAUGACGUCAGAUAAGUGAGAGACCACUAAACUAAUUUAAUACAGCUGCAGAGAAAAAAAAACAGGAACCUUAAUUCUCAUUGGGUACUUAAUUCUUUCAAUUUCUUUCAAUUCUUUCGCACAAACAAGUAUAAUUAUGGAAUCAGCUCAAGCUCGCGUAAAAUGUGUAGAUACGUUGCGCAAUAUCGACUUUAGGGCUGUCAAAAUUUCUGUUUCAUUAUUUUUAUGCCAUGGGAUGCUAAAAAUGUUAAAUAGACAGCAUAAAUGAUUGGCCUACACUUAGAUAUAAAGAUAAGAUUAAAAGCGGUUUUAGUAAAAGGAAAGAUUAGACAUCUAAUUGAUAUAACUUAAUAUACAAGAAACAAAUUUUAAUAUUAACAUUCUGUACAAAAGACACAAUUUUAUACGACCGACGACACUCUUGUAAUAACGUAAAAUUAGUGUAAAAGAAGAACUUUUUUUUUUACAAGUUCAAACAAACGCCAAGCCCAGAAGUCGAUUGUAAUUGAUUAUCCGUCAGACUUUCUUUAUUCACUGACCUUUUCUACGAAUAUGUACAAUUGUUGAUAGCUCUUUAAUUUUAUAUUCUUAUUUUAACAUAUGACGACACACAUACGGCGUCUAACAUAUAUUAUUGUAUCUAUUGCGUAGACAUCGCGAUUAUAAUUAUCACAUUUGCUGUGCGAGGAAGCCUGGCAUUAAUGUUGCGAUUGUAUAUAAUUGAAAAAAUCGUUUUUUAUUAUUGAAAUUGAUUCUUUUAUCUGUAAACGUUUUUGUUCUUUUCGUUACAAUCACAUGUGUGGUUUUUUUUGUUAUUUAUUUAUUAUUAAUUGAACAAUUCAUGCGAAAAAAUAUAGAUUAAAAAAGAAAUUUAAUUUUUAAUUACAUAAUUCAGCAUGAUUAAUUUAAAGUUUGAACUAUUAGUUUGUGACAUUUACAUGUUAAGUUGUGUUAGAACAUUCGCUAACGACCGCAAAGAUUAUCAACGAUAAUUUUGUCGCAGUACACGCAUGGCAUAUAGUGAUUUAUAAUCGCUUGUGGAGUAUGAUGAUUAAUCGUACCGGACUUUCGAUGGCUGUUCACAGGCGGCUUUCUGUAAAUACGUAAUACGAGAAAGAGGCGUUUCCUCUCCUCCCGCAUGCUACUGUUUUGCGACCCGUCCGUUUAUUUUUUCUCUCACGACUUAUCUCGCUUAUUUUUAUCUUUUCCGUCUUUUUAUUGUUAAGCUAUCGUGCCAUGUCAUCUUGCGUUACUUCCGCACUUUUACGCACGGAAAGAUAUACGUUCGUAAAUAGCUGCAUUUGCGCAGGCUCGGUUGCGCUGAUGGUCCCGAUUAAGUAAUUCUUAGAGCUAUUAUUUCUCUCUCUUUCCUUUCAAAUCUUGUUUUAUCAUAGCUUUGUUAUCAUAAUAACGAAGAAAAGUGUAAGUUAAUCACGGUUGUUCAUCAUCUUAGUUAAUUAUAAUUGAUCUCAUUUUGCUCUCGGUUUUAUCUUUCUCUCUAUUUUUGACACAUCCACACAUUGACAGUGUACAUGUUUCUCUUAUUAAUGACGAAUUUUUCGAGAAAUUUGUAAACAAUUUUUUUCUUUUACAGUUUUUUAAGUAUAAUUUUAAUAAUAAUCAGCUAUGAUUAAUCAACACGUUAGUACAACCGAAGCUCAAAUAACAGAAUUUUUGAAACUGAAUCAGAUUUUACAGAAAUGAAAUAUAAUUAAAGCUAAGAUACAAAUAUUCUUUAUUACGGAAAAUAAGGAAAAGUGCUUGUAGAAUUUUUGUAUUAAUUUCUUUCUGCAAAAUUUGAUUCAAUGACGUCGAAUUUUGUGAUAUAAAUGCAUUGCGGUAUUGCCUCAAAAUUCAGAGACUGAGUUUUGAAGUUUCUAUAUGUGGAGUUUUUGAUAAUGCGAACCGAUAUCUUUCUCCGUGCGUGAAAGGAAAGACAGAUAUCUUUCCGAGAAAAAUAGAAACGUGCAAUGAACAAUUUUUACAUUAGACGAUAAGCGAUUGUUAUAAGUAGAAUAAUGUCGAUUGUAACGACAAGUCGUUGGAUCCAAUAACAUUUCGGUUCACAGAUAUUUGGAUCGUUUGAGCCUUGAUUUGAUGGAUUUGUGGUCGUAGAUAUCCUUAACAAUUUAACCCUUUCGCACGUACAUAAUGAAUUAUAUAAUGAAACAUUUUAUAAGAAUUUUGCAAGUACGUAUUUUAGAAUUGUAAACCGUAAAAAAAAACAAUCGUAGGUUAUUAAAGGACGAAAGGGUUAAACAAAGCAUCGAUUUAACCGAUUGUUGGAUCCGCGGAUUCUUGCAAAGUGUCCUCGAACCGUUUCCAUAUCCGAAAUUAUUUUAUUAGAGCACACGUUUAUAUGUGAUUAAUCUAUUAGCACCCGAAAGCUUCCGGGUAAUUUCUUAAUAAAUAAAUAAGUUGGUUUAAGAAAUGAUAUAUCAUACAAGAAAAAUACAAAAAAAAAAAAGAAUAAGUAUUUAUUAAUACAAAUAGCGAUGGACGUUAACGGACUAGUAUUUUGUGAUUUAUAUAAGAUUGAAAUGUAUAAAUUUGUUAUUUCUGUUAAGCGCGUUAACUUUAGGAGAGAAACAUUCUUUUCAUUCGCAUAUUCGAAAAUAAACACAAUGAUUAUUUCUGGCCAGGAAUAGAAGAAGAAUAUAUACGAUGCGAUAUAAAUAAUCAUUCUAUUACGACGUAUACAGGUAAUCAACCGCAAUUAAUCACUAUACAAUCACUAAUGCAAUUUGAACGAGAAUUUUGUAUUAAAAUGUUACGUGCCACUAUGCAAUGCCAAUAAGAAUCUUAGUUGAUUUUAUGAAUAGUCGCUACGUUCUUGUCUUCUAUCAGGCACAACACGAGCACAACCGAUGUCCCAAGUGAGCUAAAGACGUUCACGUGUCCUGGAUCAAAGGGUUCUUGCACAGUUCCAUCAAUGGAUCGGAGUAUAUAUGCGUGCGUGUAUGUGUAUGUAUGUAUGUGUGUGCGUGCGUGGGUACGUACGUGCGAGAAACUUGGUUGUACUAUGUAUAAAUGUUGAUAACUAGAUUAAUAGAAGUGUGGUACACGUGUCAGGACGCGUCGCGCGCAUGCAAAACUCGAGGAAAGGAUCCGCGCCCAAACUACACAGGACAGGAUCCACCAAUCUCCCCCAAGCUCCAGUCCUAGAGAACGAAUCUAGGACCGAUCCUACCGAUCGGUAUACCUAGGCCAGCGCAUGGUCUAAGGCUGUGUAUAUAUAUAAUAACGCCCCCGCGUUAGACUUUAUUAAGGUAUAGUUUGUACGUUGAGCUAUAUAUAUUAUAUAUAUAUUAUAUACAUAUUA